AUGCAGGUGUCUCAGAAAUGCACCAAUGAUUUUCAUGGAUUGAUCGACGAACAAGAGCUGGAUUGGUCGAGAAAACGAACGCUUCCUGACUUUCAAGUCCGAAAUGACGACAAAGGCGGCGGGGUGAUUGUCUUUUGGCACGUGGCCAAGACUGGCGGUACCACUGUUCGAAAGCAAUGCGCUUCGUUGCCUGGUGUUGACUACGCGAUGCUAUUGACUCCUGAAGACUACAAAGCUGGAAGUCUAAUGAUUGCGGACCGGUUGACUCCUUCUUGGAACACUGAAUUGGACGCAUUCAAUCACAGCCGAAGUCAUACGCUCUUUGUAGAGCUACAUGGCAUGCAUUCUCUCACUGUUCUAGAGAUGGAGUCACGACUGCGUCACUGGAGGGAUCUCUCACAGAAACAUGGCACACCCCUCUUCGUCUUCACGCUUUUGAGGGAACCAACCGAAUAUAGCUUGAGUUUCUUCAACUUCUUUCAUGAUCAAAAAUUGGAAGGAGGGCCAACACAACUGGAGCUGCAACGAGCGAGCUUCAAUCGACAGUGUCGUACAUUGGCGGCUUACCCAACACACAAUAAACGAGUUUGUGCAUUGCUCUACAGAAAGCUGCACCAACUGUUUGAUUGGGUAGGAACUACGGAGCGGCUGACGGAAGAAACACUCCCCUUGUUGCAACAUUUACUGCGGUUCAAACCGGCUCAGCAACGCUUCGCGGCGGAAUCCUCUUUCCUGGGUCCGUCCACUGCAAAACACAAUUUUCUGCUUCCGUCCAGUGACAAACGCAACAAAUACAAUGUCGCCGUUCCAGACAUAAAUACUUUGGAGAGAGAUGCCCUGACACAAGAAACGGUGCGUGUGCUGGGUGAGAAAACCUGCUUAGACAGAGGCUUGUGGGAACGAGCACAACAAGACUAUACUCUGGACAUGUGGGACGACAUCAUCGAUGGUCGUCCUUCCAGCGAGGAUACAGGAUAUGAGGGACUCUAG